AUGACUGAGCGUUCCAAUCCCAACAUGCUGUUCGCCAACUUUAACCAGGACUUCACAUGCAUUUCAGUGGGGACCAAGAAAGGCUAUAGCAUCACGAACUGCGACCCGUUCGGUCGCGUGUACACGAUGAACGAUGGCGCGCGGGGUAUCGUGGAGAUGCUCUUCUGUACAUCGUUGAUUGCUCUUGUCGGCGCGGCGGACCAGCCUCAGUCAAGUCCGCGGAAACUUCAGAUCGUUAAUACGAAGCGACAAUCCAUGAUCUGCGAACUCCUUUUCCCAUCGUCUAUACUGGCCGUCAAACUGAACCGAAAAACGCUUGUGAUAGUUCUCGAGUCGGAGAUAUACAUCUACGACAUUUCGAACAUGCGCCUGCUACACGUUAUUGAGACGACACCCAAUCCAGAAGCAAUCGUCGCUCUAUCACCCUCCGCAGAAAACUCCUAUCUCGCCUAUCCCUCUCCCGUUCCCUCUCCCACUACCCCUCUUACCACGUCAGGGCCCUCCCCCGCGCCCAAUACCCAGCAAUCUGGGGAUGUCCUUCUGUUCUCCACCCGAUCCCUCACGGUGGCUAACGUGAUCCAAGCGCAUAAGGCGCCGAUCUCUUUCCUCGCCCUAAACUCCUCUGGCACUCUUCUCGCGACCGCGUCCGACAAAGGUACCGUCAUUCGCGUAUGGUCCGUCCCCGGCGCCGAGAAGUUGUACCAGUUCAGGCGGGGGACGCGGGAAGCGAAGAUCUACAGCAUGAACUUCAACGUGGUCGGCACCUUGCUCGCUGUGAGCUCGGCGCACGACACCGUGCACAUCUUCAAACUUGGUGGGCCUCAGAAGAGCUCGAAGGAAGCUGCGAAAGGCGGGACGAGCCCGAGUAGCCCUGAAGGAUCUGUGGACAGUCGGGACGCUGGCGGAUUGGAGGGCGGAUAUGAGGCAUUCAUCGACGGGAAGAAGAAGGGCAACAGUGUGUCAUCGAGCCUGAGAAGGCGCUCACUUGGACUUGCGAAAGGCGUUACAGGGGCCGUUGGUGGCUAUUUGCCGAGUGCCAUCACGGAGGUUUGGGAGCCAUCGCGAGACUUUGCGUCCCUUCGGCUACCCACCAGUGGUGCGCGGUGUAUUGUCGCCCUUAGCGGGACGAUGCCGCAGGUAAUGGUCAUAUCUUCGGAAGGCUACUUCUACUCGUACAGCAUCGACUUGGAGAAUGGCGGAGAAUGUUCGUUGAUGAAACAGUACAGUCUUCUCGAUUCCGGUGAAGAGUCAUCAAGCAUGGGCGACUAG